CACCUUUAAGAUGGCCGACUCUUCUACGGUUUCAGGAAGGAUACAUCAAAUUCUCGAUCAAAUUGGAAGAUUAAACAUUAGUGAUCUCGAUGAAGUGAUUGCAUUACUUGAGAGACAUCACUACAACAAGACAUCAUAUCAUCGACUUGGCCUUCGUCUUAAUUUGUCUCACAAUACACUAGAGAAAAUAAAGAGAGACCAUGGAGAAGUUGAUCCUUGUUUUACAGAGUGUUUGGCUAGCUGGUUACGUAAAGUUGAUGAUGUGGAGACUCCAACAAUAGAUACACUGAUAGCUGCUCUCAGAGGAAUAGGAGAGAAUGCUGUAGCUGAUGGCAUUAAUGAAGAAAGACAAACUGUCUCGGCUAUAUCUAAAAGUGAAAUGUUCUGUCAUCCAACUCCCCAAACUACCCCCACAACCACCAGUAAAGGUAAGAUUUUGUCAUUGGCCUUGUCAUAAUUUGUGUGGAUUAGUGGAGACUACUGUGACCAUUGUAGGGUAGUGUUAUUUU